AUGCCUCUGGGUAAACGCUCGCUCCCGCUGUCGCCGCGUUCGACCGGAGAUGUGCGGGCAAAGAGACUCCGAGCUACGGCUCUCGUUCAGGAGACUCACAAUUCUCUUGCCGCCACUCAUCGAUAUGACGUUGGCGAAGGCUUCUCGUCUUCCUUCCAGAUGGCUCAAGAUCAUCAAAUGACCGAAGCACUUGUGCCGGGCGUGGCAGAGACGGCAGCACUGCAGGCAACGGCCUCGCCCUUCCGAGCUCAGGCGAACAGACGCCGAUCGGCCUCUUGCCAUGCCCUCCGCACGGACAGCUGCUCCCUCGGCGACCUGCGCCUGGAGAUUCCCGCUGGCCUCGUCGCGGCCGAGCUGUCUCGCCGCAACGAAGCCCUCAGGAUCGAGAUUGACUUCCACAAGAGCCAUCCUCCUAUUCUGCCCCCGUCCAAGGUGGAGGAUCUCCCACCCAAGCCCUUCAUCGAGGACUUUGUCCGGAUCCCGGAGGACGCCACCGCUGAAGAGCGUCGCGACAUGGAGGCCCAGAACAACCGGAUUGCGGCACGUCACCAGCUGGUCGACCGCCAGCGCAACAACCAAGCAGCCAAGAAGUCGCGCCAGGCCCGCCUCGAGUCGCUCUGGAACACGCGCGAGCUGCUCAAUGCCAAGUCGGCCGAGUGCUUCUGGUUCCGGAUGAAGGUGGUUGCGCUGGGAGGAAGCACCGAGGAGUGGGAUCAAGUGCCGGCUAAUGUCAAGGCGCGCCUCGUCAAGGAGAUUGCCUCCCGAGUUGAGAACAAGGAGAAGCAGGCCGCGGACGAGAGGAAGGCCGAGGAGGCCAAGAAGCGGGCGGAUCGCAACAAGCGCCGCGCUGAGGCUCGCGAGCAGACGGCUCAGAUGCAGCAGCAGCAACAGAACCAGCAGCACCAGCACCAGACGCAGGGUCUCCUAGAGCCCGCGACGGAGCAGCCUGCGCAGCAUCAGGCCGAGGAGCAUCAUCAUCAUCAUCGCCAUCAGCCGACUGCCGAGGAACGCGAGAUGGCUCGGCAGCAAUUGCCCUAG